UCCGUUACCCAUCAGCAUUGACUGAGUCAGACCAGGCGCAGGGUUGAGUCAACUCUGCUGUAAGCUGACUUUUAUAGGUGGGUUUGACUGGUAGCGACUUCGUUAGUCCUGACCGUCAUCCUCAAGCCCAUUAGGAUGGCGACGUUCGCCAAAUCUACAUUCAAUACCGCGCUGUACGCCCUCUCGCGCCCCACGUAUCCUCAAGUGCUAUUUGACGCGGUAUUCGCGUACCACCAGAAGUCACUGCUCCUUCCGGGAACUACUGCGGGCUGGGAUAAUGCCGUCGAUCUCGGCUGUGGAACUGGUCAAGCGACGGCCGGGAUUUUGCGACCGUUCGAUGCACCUGAACCCGCCCUCUUCUCCAACUCUGAAGAACCGACGUUAGGGUUCGCACGUGCCACCGGUAUUGACCCCAGCGCCAAGAUGGUCCAGGGCGCCUUUGAAUACGCGAAAAGCUUAGGUCGGCAGGGCACCGCCCUCAACUUCGUUCAGGGUGCCGCGGAGGACUUGAAGUCCUUGGAUGACAAGAGUGUGGAUAUGUUCAUCGCAGCUCAGGCCGCUCAUUGGUUUGACUGGGAAAAGCUUUGGCCUGAGCUGUCACGAGUCCUUCGAUAUGGAGGCACUGCAGCCUUCUGGGUAUAUUCGGAAUUCCGGCUUCCUGAACAUCCUCAUCUCACAUCGUUCAUCACCGAAUACUCCCAAGGCAAUGAUGCUCAAUUGUCGUUGGGUCCACACUGGGAGCCUGGGCGUGCCAUUCUGAAUAACCACCUGCUGGAUAUCAAGGAUCCUCCGAGCGGGUGGGAUGACGUUACUCGCAUAUUUUUUACCGGAGACCACUACGAAAAUUUGCCGCAACCACUGCCCGUUGUUAUGCAGCGCUCGAUGCCCUGGGGCAUCAAUCUAUCGCCUGACCAUCCGAUAGACGACAUUCCUUCACCCAGUCUGCACUCUUAUCUUCGAACUUUCAGUGCGUUGCAUCGGUAUCACGAGGCUUUCCCAGACGACCUUGCGAAGGGAACCAACGGAGACAUUGCUGCUCGGUUUUUGCGACAGCUCAUGGCUCAUGCGCAGAUACCUGCUGGCCCAAGCGGAGCUACGCAGGAAGUCCAGGUCGAAUGGCCCCUUGCACUGGUAGUGGCUCGUAAUCAAUUGGAUCAUGGUGAUCCGUGGCUCCAACGCUCUGAAGACUUGGACCGUCGCAUUAAUGCCGUCAAGACUGCGUAUGAAGCUCACGUGCAGAAAAGUUCUGACAGCGACCAAGUGGAGGAGAAUACGAAGCGUCUAUCUCAGUGGCAAGAUGCUCAAGAUGCGGUUGCGGCGAUGGUCUACCAAGAUCUUAUCGAGGUAAGCAAUGCUACACUCGAGCCCGAACAAGCAAGAGGGCGGGUACGAUAUGUCGGAAUUCUGGAAGAGCGACGGGCAACUCUCGAGUGGCAGUCCAUCUUCACGGCCGCGCUCGACACAGCGGUCACCCUGGCCGAUCAGGUCGAGGUCGAAGUCGGACGGGAUGAUAUCAACUCAGGCGUGACUCGUUGGACAGCCCUCAUGGGAGAAAAAAUUGCAGACCAUCUCUCCAGAGUCCCGAUGUAUGAUGAAGAAGAUGGUGAAGCCACCCCACAGGAAAUGACUGAGGACAACGUCGAGGAAGCCGAACACGCUCAGGCUCUCACGGAUGUGAUCACCGUCGUCACAGAGCUGGCCAACAACUCGGACGACCAGCCCAUAUUCGAUGUCGUCCGUCAAUUCUAUGUUGCAUCGGCCUCGGGAAUCUCCGCAGAACUCAAUAUCCAGUAGUGACUCAUAAACAUACGUUCCGAUUAGGAAACCAUAUUACUAUAUCUAGCUGUUUGCAUCUGCCAAAUAGGCUCGCCCAUUCCUCUUCUCUUCUCUCCGAUAUCUCAAUGCUCCAUCUCCAUCUGAGCGCAAGGUUUGGUGCGUCCCGCCGCAGCCUUCGAACUCAUUGACGCGUUCGUCGACAUCGAUUUGGAUUGGGCGUACCCGCUGUGCCUGCUUGCAAAGGGUUCCGGCCAUUUGUCAUACCAGACGAUCGCCAGAAUUGAAACUAUUGCAGGGAUGAAGGUUGGUUAUUUUGGGCUCCUAGCUGAACACCCUGAUGAUAUUCGUCCCGAUAUAUUGCAUAAUAAGCGCUACACAUCCUAAAUCGCGCGCCUUGAUGUUCGCGUGUAAUGUAUCAAGCACCCAGCUGUGGAAUCCUUCUCCAAUGCGCUACGAAAGUGCGAACUGCAGGUGGUGCAGUCGUCUUUGAUUGGCUCGAUGCUCAACAAACUCCUGCUUGUUCUCGGGCUAUGUCUGUUUGCCGGCGGGUUGCGUUUCUCCGAAUAAGGAUUCAGGGUCGAUUCGACCGCGACGCAGCUGAAUCCGACUUUGCUGUCGCUAUCUGUUGGCGUUGUUCUCGUCCCGGUUGCUUAUCACUUUGUGCUGAGUGAUAACUCCGGCGUGCCAUCGCAGACGCAGAUUCGGAACAUUCUAAGCAUGAGCCACGGUGUUGCGCUUAUCCUGUUGCUCCUCUAUGGAUGGUAUCUCUUCUUCCAAUUGAGUUAGCAUCCUCACUUGUACAAGGACGAACCUCUCCCUUCCGAAAUCCAAAAUCACCACAGACUGCCGUGUCUUUUCCGUUUCACACCCUAGCUUGCUCGACUCCAGAUUUACGAUGUCCCGCUACUCCAAACUAUUCUUCGAACGAUUCUGGGGCACCACGCGUCAGGCCCAGUGUUCCUCACUGACGACAUUGGUGGACCUCUAUUUAUCUCCUAUAUCUAUGCCUCUGGCCC